GUGGGUAUGUGGUUUGUCUGCAAGAAGUAUUGAAGAGAUCUGUUGUAACAAUGAUGGGAGACAACUGUAUUGACUGAAGUGACAAAACUGAUGUUUUUAUAGACAAAUGAGCAACACUACACCCGAUACUGGUGCUUCCCCUCUUCCAUGAUGUUGGCUUGGGAAGACGGUGAGGUGAUGUUGAUGGCGUGACAAGCACAGGUGGACGGUGGUGUGACAGCGGGGUUGGCCGAUGUGCCCCACAAUCCCGGGUCCCACUUCCGACGUGCCGGGGCCGACCGGCCCCACUGUCUCGGGAAAGGGGUCAGGGGUAAAGAAGCUUAAACUAACGACACCCGGCCUGUGAACAGCGGCUCAACGGCGCGCUUUGAAGCCAGUCAGUCACAGUAUCUAACCCGGUGAAUGGCAGUUUUGCUCGAGUCAAGACACUCGCGCUACGGAACGCCGGAGAAUGGCGACGUCACCCCUGAAUCUCGCCUCCCUGGGAGCAAAACCUGAUCCCAUCUCAUAUGUAAUCUCUUGAAGCAGCAGAGAUCACUCAGACAAGAUUUGUCUCUCAACACUCGACACUCUCACCAACAUGUCUCCAAACGCCAGCUCGGUCGCCCCGAAAGGCAUCCAGCAGUACAUCGCUGCCAGACAAGGCGGUCCGUUCCAGCUGAUCAACGCACCUUACCCAGUUCCUGGGCCGAACGAGAUUUGCAUCCGGAACCGUGCUGUUGGUCUGAACCCCCUCGACUGGAAGAAUCUUCACCAUGGGAUGAUGGUCGAUUCUUGGCCCGAGAUCUUCGGCAUCGACACAGCUGGUGUGGUGGAGGUUGUUGGUAAGAAUGUUCAGGGGUUCAAGGCCGGUGAUGCGGUCAUGAGCUUGGCUGGCCAUGGUGGCCGCGCCGGCGCUUUCCAGGAUGUAACGACCGUCCCGGCCAACUACGCCUGCCGCAAGCCCACAGCUUGGACUUUUGAGCAGGCUGCUUCUGUUCCAAUCUGUUACCUCACAGCCGUAGCCUCCAUCAUCAAAGGCCUCGGCGUCCCCCUCCCCCACCUCAGGGAGCUCCCCAACGAGAGGAUCCCCAACCUCGACGACCUCACCAGCCCAAUGACCCCAGGUGCCACCCAACCCCAGGUCAAACCCCCCCUUUUGACCUCGGUCCUCGUCAUCGGCGGCUCUUCCGGCGUGGGCGCCUCCGCUGUCCAACUCCUGCGUGACGCCCUCCCCCACCUGGUAAUCAUCACAACCAACUCCCGCGCCCACAACCAGAAAGUCACCUCCCUCGGCGCGACAACCUGCGUCGACCGCAACAUGAAGCCCGAUCAAAUCGCCAAGGCGGUUCGUGACGCCUCGCCUAACGGGCAGGGGGUUGACGCAAUGAUUGAUACUGUUGCUGGGGCGAUGGCAGGGAACAAGGAGAUCUUUGCGGCGUUUAGGGAGGAUGGGCCGAAGCUGUAUAGUCAUGUUAUGACGGGGGAGAAGUUGGAGGUGCCGGAGGGGGUCAAAGCCGCGACGGUGUUUGGCCGGAUGGCGUUCCAGACUGAUGGGGGCGGGGCGGCGAUGACGAAAUUGGUGGAUUUGGUUGAGUCGGGACGGUUUAAGAUGCCGUUGGAGAUUGAGGUUGUGGGUAAGGGGUUGGGGGUUAUUGGGGCAGGGUUGGAGAGGUUGAGGGGGGGUGUUAGUGGGACUAAGUUGGUUGUUUCUCUGUAA